AUGGAUUGCUUUGUGAAGCUUCCUGCGGAGAUCAAGUUCCAAAUAUUCGAGCAACUCGACUCACUGAGCGAUGCAGCAUCUCUCGUCGGGGCUUCUCCGUCAGUACGAGCUUGCUACCAAGAAAACCGAGACAAGCUCCUCAGACACAACAUUUCCUACAUCCGAGAGAUAUUCUAUAACGAUGAGCUCAUACCCUUGGCUUUGAUGGUUGCGAGAAUGCGACGUCGCUUGAAAAGGCGUCAGAACAUGGAUCAACUUGUGGAACUCCUGGAAGAUUAUGUUCGUGGGGGCAAGUCUAAGCUGUUUCGGCGGAAGUUUGAUGACUGGGAAGAGAACCUCAGACAGAUUCAAGAUCUCGUCAAUAUCAGCACAGAGAUUCUGGAGCUUUGUCCGAGGCCAACCUACGAGCACCGGCAAACAACACCACUAUUUUACAAGCCACUUCUAUCUAGGCUGUGGCACCACCGAUUCGUGGAAACCUACCUGCGCGAAGAGAUCAGUACUACUACGAAGCGCUAUGAUGCCAACAUAAUGUUUCCGCCUAAAGAAAAUCUUAGUCCUAAGCUAUACGAGUUCUUGUUCACGCCCAACCUUGCGGGGAGCAGGCUGCCCGGUAAGUUUACCACCAAUAUAGUAGACAUGAAUGUCGCUAUCUGUCGGUUUGGCAAUGGAACCUGGCGAGAGGUAGGUUUUAGUAUUUGCGAUCCCAUGUACGGACUGGGGAUAUCGAGAGAGAGGAAGCAUCAGAUACAGAGUUGGAGAGAUGAUCGAAGGAAAGCCUGGGAGGAGGAGGAUAGGAAGGCUCAGAUUGGGCAAAUGGUGGUAUAUAACGGCUGCGGGGAGCUGCUGCGAGCCGAUGAACUUAUUUAA